CCCGCCGCGUCCCGGCGCUCAGCAGCCGCGCCAGAGGCGAGCGCUGCGCUCCGGGCCCCGCAAUCCCGAGGACACGGCCUCUCCGACACCUCCGGCCCGGGGGAAUCGGCGGCAUCCGCGGCGGGAGCGGCCGUAGCCGCCUCGGCUCCUCACUCGAGUCCUUCCCAUCGCCUCGCUGGGAGCCUGUCCCGGCCACGGGGACACCUCUUUCGUCCUCCCUCCGAGGCUCGCGGGACCGACGGACGUCCGCGGCGACCGAGGGCCGGACUGCGGGCAGUGGCAAGCACACGGUGAAUGGUGCUUUUGAGCGCCUUCUGUGAUUACCAUUCACACCUUUUCUGGGGACACUUUCUUAAAAGAACCAGCAAGCAUCCAGUUUACUGAGAUAUAAUUCCAGAUUCAUGGAGUUGUUGCAGACCAGAUACCUCUUGUCUCACUAAGACUGGUUGAGCAUCACAUACCAAGAGGGACAUCGGGUUAAAAAAAAAACUGCAACGUUUGGAUCUUUUCCUGCUUCAGAAGCAAGAGGAAUGGAAAAUUGAUAAUCAAAGGUCCUUGCGGGAGACGGGUCUGGAACCUAACCACCGGGUGUUCAUGACCCCCGUGGUUGCGCCCCAUCAGCGAUGAAAGGGUUAUCAGGCAGCCGCAGCCAUCACCACGGAGUCACCUGCGAUUCGGCCUGUGACUCGCUGUCGCACCACGCAGACCGCAAGCCAUACCUGCUGAGCCCGGUGGAGCACCACCCGGCCGACCACCCCUACUACACUCAGCGUACCUCCUUCCAGGCCGAGUGCGUGGGCCCCUUCAGCGACCCGCUGGCCAGCAGCACCUUCCCGCGCCGACACUACACCUCGCAGCAGGAGCUGAAGGACGAGUGCGCCCUGGUGCCUCGCACCCUGGCCACCAAGGCCAACCGCAUCCCCGCCAACCUCCUGGACCAGUUUGAGAGGCAGCUGCCUCUCAACAGGGAUGGCUACCACACAUUGCAGUACAAGCGCACGGCCGUGGAGCACCGCAGCGACAGCCCCGGCCGCAUCCGCCACCUGGUCCACUCGGUCCAGAAACUCUUCACCAAAUCGCACUCCCUGGAGGGGCCGUCCAAGGGCAGCGUCAACGGGGGCAAGGCCAGCCCCGAGGAGACGCAGACCGUGAGGUACGGCAAGCGAAGCAAGAGUAAGGAGCGCCGCCCCGAGCCCAAGCCCCGCACCAACACUUCCCCGGGCUGGUGGAGCUCCGAAGACAACCUCGACGGCGACAUGUGCAUCUACCACGCCCCCUCGGGCGUGAUGACCAUGGGCAGGUGCCCCGACCGCUCUGCCUCACAGUACUUCAUGGAGGCCUACAACACCAUCAGCGAGCAGGCUGUGAAGGCCUCCCGGAGUAACAACGAUGUCAAGUGCUCCACCUGUGCCAACCUGCCCGUCACCCUAGACGCGCCACUGCUGAAGAAGAGCGCCUGGUCCUCCACGCUGACCGUGAGUCGAGCCCGAGAGGUUUACCAGAAAGCCUCGGUUAACAUGGACCAGGCCAUGGUGAAGUCAGAGUCGUGUCAACAAGAACGUUCCUGCCAGUACCUUCAGGUCCCUCAGGAUGAAUGGACAGGGUACACCCCUCGAGGUAAGGAUGAUGAAAUUCCCUGCCGUAGAAUGCGGAGCGGCAGCUACAUCAAGGCCAUGGGAGAUGAAGACAGCGGGGACUCGGACACCAGCCCCAAGCCUUCUCCCAAAGUUGCUGCGCGAAGGGAAAGCUAUCUCAAGGCUACUCAGCCAUCCCUUACAGAACUCACCACACUCAAGAUUUCCAAUGAGCACUCCCCCAAACUCCAGAUCCGGAGUCACAGUUACUUGAGGGCGGUCAGUGAGGUCUCCAUCAACCGAAGCCUAGACAGCCUUGACCCUGCGGGCCUGCUCACAUCACCAAAGUUCCGCUCCAGGAAUGAGAGCUACAUGCGAGCCAUGAGCACCAUCAGCCAGGUGAGCGAGAUGGAGGUGAACGGGCAGUUCGAGUCGGUGUGCGAGUCGGUGUUCAGCGAGCUGGAGUCACAGGCGGUGGAGGCCCUGGACCUGCCAAUGCCCGGCUGCUUCCGCAUGCGGAGCCACAGCUACGUGCGCGCCAUAGAGAAAGGCUGCUCGCAGGACGACGAGUGCGUGUCGCUGAGGUCUUCCUCCCCGCCGCGCACCACCACCACCGUGAGGACCAUCCAGAGCAGCACGGUGUCAUCUUGCAUUACAACAUAUAAGAAGACACCACCUCCAGUCCCACCCAGAACUACCACGAAACCUUUCAUUUCUAUCACAGCCCAGAGUAGCACAGAGUCGGCCCAGGACGCCUACAUGGAUGGACAGGGCCAGCGAGGGGAUAUUAUCAGCCAGUCUGGACUGAGCAACUCCACGGAGAGCCUGGACAGUAUGAAGGCUCUGACAGCCGCCAUCGAAGCCGCCAAUGCCCAGAUCCACGGCCCAGCGAGUCAACACAUGGGCAACAAUGCUGCCACCGUCACCACCACCACCACCACCGCCAUGGCCACCAUCACUGCAGAGGACAGGAAGAAGGACCACUUCAAGAAGAAUCGAUGCCUGUCCAUUGGGAUACAGGUGGAUGAUGCUGAAGAACCUAACAAAACAGGGGAAAAUAAAGCACCCAGUAAGUUCCAGUCCAUAGGAGUGCAAGUAGAAGAAGAGAAAUGCUUCCGCAGGUUCACUCGAUCCAACAGCGUGACGACGGCCGUGCAGGCCGACCUGGACUUCCACGAUAACCUGGAGAACUCUCUGGAGUCUAUAGAGGACAAUUCGUGCCCCGGCCCGGUGGCCAGACAGUUCUCCCGGGACGCCAGCACCUCCACGGUCAGCAUCCAGGGCUCAGGAAACCACUACCACGCCUGCGCGGCCGACGAGGACUUCGAUGCGGAUUUCGACCCUUCCAUUCUGCCGCCCCCAGACCCCUGGAUUGACUCAAUCACCGAAGACCCCCUGGAGGCCGUGCAGAGGUCAGUGUGCCACCGGGACGGCCACUGGUUUCUGAAGCUUCUCCAGGCGGAGCGGGACCGCAUGGAAGGCUGGUGCCAGCAGAUGGAGAGAGAGGAGCGCGAGAACAACCUGCCCGAGGACAUUCUAGGGAAAAUCCGAACCGCAGUUGGCAGUGCCCAACUUCUUAUGGCCCAGAAAUUCUACCAGUUCAGAGAACUGUGUGAAGAAAACCUGAAUCCCAAUGCUCAUCCAAGGCCCACCUCCCAGGAUUUGGCGGGGUUCUGGGACAUGCUGCAGUUGUCCAUAGAAAAUAUUAGUAUGAAAUUUGAUGAACUUCAUCAGUUAAAGGCCAAUAAUUGGAAACAGAUGGAUCCUCUUGACAAGAAGGAGCGAAGGGCCCCUCCUCCAGUGCCCAAGAAGCCGGCGAAGGGCCCCGCGCCGCUGAUCCGGGAGCGCUCGCUGGAGAGCUCGCAGCGCCAGGAGGCCCGCAAGCGCCUGAUGGCCGCCAAGCGCGCCGCGUCCGUCCGCCAGAACUCGGCCACCGAGAGCGCCGAGAGCAUCGAGAUCUACAUCCCCGAGGCGCAGACCCGGCUCUGAGGCCCCCGGCCGCCGCGCCCCCGCCCGCCUCCUCCCCGGCGCCCGCCCUUCGCCUUCUUGGCCCGCCCACCCGUGUAGACGCGGCCCCUCUAGGUCACCCGCCAUCCUCCGUUCUCUCGAGCUUGUCUGUCCCUAGAUUCCAGCAAUAUCGAACCAUAGGGUAUCUCAGAAAUCCAGGAUCCUGGGGCGGGGGGGUCCCCUCGGGACCUCGCGGACUUCCACCCGAAAGAAACUAGGAAACUAGGGCUCCGAUCCCCCUGAUUUCCCCGACACGCUUCCUAUUUCGGCAAGCAGA